AUGGCGUAUAACAAUCUCCAGAGCCUCCAAGUCCAGGUCGACGCCGGCAUAGCACACCUAACAUUGAACCACCCCCCAAUCAACCUCUUCGACGAUGUCAUGUCCAAGGAGCUGGAUCAAUUGACACGAGACUUGGAGCGCGACCCCCAAGUCCGCGUAGUCAUUCUACAAAGCCAAAUCCCAGAAUACUUCAUCGCACACUCUGGCCUCGCCCGCGUGGCUGCCGGACCAAAAGACACAUCGCAUGUCUCCGGGACGCCAACCUUCCGCCUCAGCCAAAUCAUCGGCGAACGCUUCCGCAACAUGCCCAAGGUCGUCAUCGCCAAAGUCGAAGGCCGCGCUCGAGGCGGUGGGAACGAAGUCGUCCUCGCAGCCGAUAUGUGUUUCGCCGCGCGGGACACGGCGAUCUUCGGCCAACCCGAAAUCAUGGUCGGGUUGGUCCCCGGCGGAGGCUCGACGCAGAGACUUCCCGCGCUGAUCGGACGAGCGAGGGCAAUGGAGGUCCUCCUCGGCGGCGAGGACGUCUCGGCCACGACGGCAGAACAAUUCGGCUGGAUCAAUCGAGCCAUGGACGCGAAGGAACUGGGCCCCUUUGUCGAAUCGCUGGCGCGGCGCAUUGCUUCGUUUCCGCCGCAUGCGGUGGCGCAUAUCAAAGCGGCGGUGAAUCGAGGGGCUCAGGCUUCACUUCCCGCUGGCUUGUUGGCGGAGGCGCAUGAAUCGGAUCUCUGCGUGGCUAGCGAUGUCACUCGCAGCCGGGUGAGCGAAGGGUUGGGUCUGGGGAUGGAGACGUUUGAGGGGGAAUUGGAUUUACCUGUUUUGGCGGCGAAGAUGUCGCCUUCGUAG